AGGACAAUCCACCAUAACACCUUCAUCAACUGUUAAUGUACAAGGUAAAUUUAAAACGUUGAAUUCAAAUAAUUGAAGUUAUUGAUGUUGCUAAAUAAAAUGACAGCAAAUAAGUUAAAGUGCCCGGGCAACGAUAUUUCAAUAUAAUUGCUCGAAGGGCGCUAAAAAGAGCAAUAAAAAUUAAUAUCUCAAGCGAAAUAUUAAUGUAUGUUAUUUGGUUAGUAUUGAAGGAAUACCAAAUAAUUUUCCUUGCAGGAUAGCGUCAUCCGUGUAGGUGGAUCUAGCAUGCGAGACUUUCGGAAAACGUAAAGAAGCACGAGGGGCAGGCUAGUGUGUUUUUUAACGCUUUCCGAAAGUCGGAAAACGUUAUAUAUAAACGGUUAACUCUAUGAAACACGUUAAAAUGUUUUCAUUGUCCGACAUUUGAAAAAAAAACGCGCGAAGGCAUUCAAAUUUUCCGUGCAUAGUGUUGACCAAUUAUAUUGCGUGUUUCACUGUAGUUAUUAUAUAGUGCAUGAUCUUUGACUUUGAUGUUUCUUUUUUGUACAGCAACACAAAGUUUAAGUUGUCAAAACUGGCAAUUCAGAUGUAAUAAUGGACAAUGUAUUAGUUCACGUUAUCAAUGCGAUGGAUAUCGGCAGUGCUCCGAUGGUAGUGACGAGUGGUAUUGUGGUAUGUAGAUUUCAAAUUAAAAUUUGCUAACUAAAAGGUGCAACCGCUUCUAUCUAGAUAUUAAACGCAUGCGUGUAUAUUUGGGGGCGCUUACAUGUGGGAGAAUAGAAUGUGUCACAAUUUUUAUUCUUUCAUAGCACGACCAACAACCUGGAGACCAUGGACAACAUCAUGGCCCACCUGGCUACCAUCACGGAGCACACCAGGAUUUUGUCAGUACCGACAGUUCCGCUGCAGAAAUGGUCAAUGUAUUGAUCAACCCUAUGUGUGUGAUGGUCUAUAUCAUUGUUUUGAUGGUACUGACGAAGAUUUCUGUAAUUCUACAGGUUAGAUUUCAACUUCUCGGAGGUUUUGUCGCCACUACUUUAUUGCCGUGAUGUGUUUCACUUUCUGUGAGCGCCGCUGUCUAAAGAAAACCCAAAUUCAUUCAUUCAUUCAUAGUUCUCAUUUGUUUUAAAGUUUCUCGUACAAGAUUUGAAGAAACUUUGUUUUAAAGUUGUUUUAAUAAAUGUCUAAUUUUAGCUGUACGACUUGUUGGUGGUUCUCACAAUGCAGGAAGGGUGGAAGUUUAUUAUAACGGCAGAUGGGGAACAGUUUGUGAUGAUAGUUGGGACAUCAGAGAUGCUCGCGUUGUUUGCAGACAGCUUGGUUUCCAAGAUGCAUUGGCCGCUCACAAGCGUGCGUAUUUUGGCCAAGGCACUGGACAGAUUUGGAUGGAUGAGGUUGGAUGCAGAGGGAAUGAGUCAUCGUUAUUUUCAUGUAGACAUUACGGAUGGGGACGUCAUGAUUGUGCUCACAGUGAAGACGCUGGUGUUCUCUGUGGAAGCACUGGUAAUGACAAAGAAUGUUAAAGUUCUAAGACUGCCAUUAACUUCGGAAUGGACAAAUAUUCACUAUAUUCGUGGUUCUUUUUCAGGACCGAACACGACAACCCCAUGGCCAACAUGGUCAUCAACGACUCCAUCAAGGAAUUGUGAGUCCUGGGAAUUCCGCUGCAGAAAUGGUCAAUGUGUUCAUCGAUCAAGGUUGUGUGACGGUGGGCGUGACUGCAAUGAUGGAAGUGACGAAGAAAGGGUUGUCUGUGGUAAUUCAACAGAUUGGUUUUUAGUCCCUCGGGGUUUUGCAUUUCUAAUUUGUCUUUGGAAUUGACGAAUAUUCACUCCUAUGACAAUCGUUGUUCUUUUUUAGGAUGGAACACGACAACGCCAUCGCCGACAUGGCAACCGACGAAUGCAUCAAGGCAAUGUGCGCCCUCGCAAUUCCGCUGUACAAAUGGUCAAUGUAUUGA